GUGAUGGCGGAUAUUUAUAGUUUAUAGAUCGUAGGGUGUUGUUACUUUUCAAUAAUAAAUGCCCUAAAAAUGGAGGAAACAAAAGUUAUUUACUAUAUCGACGACGAGGAAACUCCGUACUUAGUGAAAAUACCAAUAUCACCGGAAAAAGUAACACUAGUGGAUUUUAAAAACCAGUUGAAUAGACCGAACUACAAGUUUUUCUUCAAAUCUAUGGACGAUGAUUUCGGUGUUGUAAAAGAGGAAAUUGUUGAUGACAAUGCUCAUUUGCCGUGUUUUAAUGGUCGCGUGGUGUCCUGGCUGGUGUCUGCGGAGGGGUCGAACCCUUCGGACGGCGCAUCGCAGUGCACAGACAGUAAUGUCGGUAAGGGAAAGGGACCCAACCAUGCCCCUUCGGCGCCGCUCACCCGGGACAACUGUACCGACACCGACAGCACCAUCAGCUCCCGGCCCGGCCACAGGGCCUCCUGCGACAAGUACAAGUACCGGGGCCUCAGGAUAAACGGACACUCAAAGUAUGGCAACCACGGCUUAGAAUACGAAACAGCCUCAGUUUUAAGCUCAGAUCUAGACUCUACAAGCCUCUUCGACAGUCAGUCAGAGAUCACGACGACCACAGGACGGCACACUAAUGCCUCUGUAGACCGAGCACUAACAGAAUGCAGCAGUGUAUCACAUCUACAAGUCAGUAAUCGAAAGAGGCCACAGCGGAGAAGAAAAAGGCCACAAGUUAUGUCUAGAACCUCAUCGUAUUCCUCAAUAACAGACUCUACUAUGUCAAUGCACAUAAUAACAGUGACGUUAAAUAUGGACACAGUGAAUUUUCUCGGUAUUUCAAUAGUAGGACAGUCAAAUAAAGGUGGCGACGGUGGUAUUUACGUAGGAAGUAUUAUGAAAGGUGGAGCUGUGGCACUGGAUGGAAGAAUAGAACCUGGAGACAUGAUUUUACAGGUGAACGAUGUGAACUUCGAGGACAUGACCAACGACGAGGCUGUGAGGGUGCUGCGCGAGGUGGUGCAGAAGCCGGGGCCCAUCAAGCUGGUGGUGGCCAAGUGCUGGGACCCCAACCCGAAGGGCUACUUCACUAUACCGCGCACGGAGCCCGUCCGGCCUAUUGAUCCAGGUGCAUGGGUAGCGCACACACAAGCGCUCCGCGAAGCGUACCCCCCGCCGCCCCCCUCCCUCUCCGCGGUGCCGUCGGAGCGCGGGUGCGACGCGGGCGCGCCGCCGCCGCUGGAGCCGCUGUCCGUGCACAUGGACAUGGCCGUCGUGGUGCGCGCCAUGCUGAGCCCCGGCUCCGGUCUCGAGAUCCGCGACCGAAUGUGGCUCAAGAUCACGAUCCCGAACGCGUUCAUCGGCGCGGACGUGGUGGACUGGAUCCUGCAGCACGUGGCCGGCGUGCAGGACCGCCGCGACGCGCGCAAGUACGCCAGCCACAUGCUCAAGGCGGGUCUAAUCCGGCACACAGUGAACAAGAUCACAUUCUCGGAGCAGUGCUACUACGUGGGCGGGUGCCUCGGGGCCGAGCUGGCGGCGCUGCGCAUCAGCGGGGACGCCGCCCUGCCGCCGCCGCCGCAGAGGAGUGCCGGCGCGCCGGGCUACCUGCCGUACGCGGGCUCGUACGGCUACCAGCCGAUACCGUUCAAGUACACCUCGUGCCCGACGAGUGAACACACUAUUUAUGGCUACAACCGCGAGGAGAGCGUGCUGUCCGGCAGCGGCGGCUCCAGCGCCGGCUCCGACCACCUCACCGCCAAGGAGCACCCCAUAGGCACCCAAGGCGAGGCCAAGUCCAACUCGAGCGGCUCGGUGCGCUCCGCUCAGGACGCGCGGCGCUCGCACUCCAGCGGCUCCGACCGGCCCGUGCUGUUCCUAUAACGGACAAAAUUAUGAAGACUCGUCACAACACGUCUCAAGCUCUACUGCCAAAUAAGCGUAAAUAUGUUACGAGCUCUAUUGCUUAGGGAAUAGGUGUCAUAAUCGUUUCUAAUAGUAUAUUCUAAUAGUGUACAUUAUUGCCUAUGAUUGAUACAUACGUAACAGUAGAUUUCAGGGAUGUAUUCUAGAAAUUUCUAUUGUGAUAAGAUGUCUUCUUCUCUUACAUACAUCUAUGUGCCAUUUUCACAAUGUCUGGAUAAUAUUUAUGUUUUUAAUCCCGCAUAUAACCUUAUACAGUCAUUGUGAAGCAGGCACGUAGAAAAGCAAAUACUUCUGAUUAACAGACCCAAAAAUAAGCUAAACAAGUGAAACUCAAAACACCAAUAUAUUAUGAGCUAACAUAUUAUUAUAGUAGUUAUACUUACUGUAUAGUUACCGCAUUGCAGAAAGAUGUUAAAAUUUAACAAUAUACUAACUAGAUGGAGUGUCACAUAC